UAUAAGGAAUGUGCCUGUGCCUUCCACUCUGUUGAGGUUUCUUCUUCAGCAGCUUCACCAUGUCUGGGCGUGGUAAAGGUGGUAAGGGUCUUGGAAAAGGCGGCGCCAAGCGCCACCGUAAAGUUCUGCGUGACAACAUCCAGGGCAUCACCAAGCCCGCCAUCCGCCGCCUGGCCCGGCGCGGAGGAGUGAAGCGCAUCUCCGGCCUCAUCUACGAGGAGACCCGCGGUGUGCUGAAGGUGUUCCUGGAGAACGUGAUCCGCGACGCCGUCACCUACACGGAGCACGCCAAGCGCAAGACCGUCACCGCCAUGGACGUGGUCUACGCGCUCAAGCGCCAGGGCCGCACCCUCUACGGCUUCGGCGGUUAAGCGAGUCUCGCUUUUGACCUCAGAAAACCAAAGGCCCUUUUCAGGGCCGCCCACAUUUUCCUAUUAAAAGAGCGAACAUUUAAUCUAACGUUUU